AUGACAUUGUUUUAUAUUAAUACUAAGAAAGUCUUCUCACGUAUUUGUAGCCUUAGCAAAGGAGACAACCCCAGAAAAGCCACAACUGGCUCCACAGGGGAGAUGUCUUCGUCCGACCUGCCGGCUUCAGUGCUUUCAGGUUUUCUCUUGCACACGAGCGUUAAACAAGCAAAGACCAAAACACAUGACCCAGAGUUCUUCAGUGAGAACUUAGCCAGCUUGAAUGGAGCACUCGGCUAUUACCCCAUUCUGGUAGAGGGAGGCUUGUAUUCCCACCAGGGCACCACCAUGAUGCAAAUACGUCUUAGUGGAAUUGGGCACCUCUGA